AUGGUGGUGCGGAACACGUCACCGCGGCGGAGGCGCUUGUGGAGUGAGUACCGCGUACAGGUGUGUCAUCAUUACCACGUUCAUUUCCGCUCCAUGGCUCACGUCGCUAACCGCGCGUUCGCGUGGCUAUGUCUGUGCGAUUGGGCAGGUGGUUUCAGGGACGCGACGUCAUUGAAGGGCUCCUGCGGCAACCUCGCUUGUCUGUUCGCGUUCGACAAGAUCCUUGCCCAGUUGGACGCGGUCGCUGCCAAUGGAUCCGGGCCGCAAUUCUCGAGGCCUACCGCGAAGACUUUGAAUGCACUACGAUAUGAGGCGUUCCGAACCGCCGAAGAGCUCGCGUUCAACUUGAGCGUGGAUUUGACGCGACCCAAGCACGGCGGUGAGGCUGACGGGGCUGAAACAGGGAAGGUGCAGAAUGUGGCAACGGGUGCGCAGGUUGCUGACCAUGGUGUUCUCGCUCUCACAGGUGCCACUGGUGUUUCGAACCGCGGAGCGCAUAAGCUUGCUACCGAGAUCCUGGAACUUGACUGCAGGCUUGCAGCGCAGGCGGAAGAGCUCGCACGGCUGAAGAAACGCCCGGAGACGGGGGUUGGCGGGGUCGCGGUUGUGGGCUACGAGGAGCUCGCGGCCGCGCUUGCUAAUGCGGUUCGGAUCUUAGAGAAGGAGGCGAAGGCGAUUGCGCUGGAAAGGGCGGCGCUGGUCGACACGCGUAACCAGGAGGCGUUGGUGCUGGGGCGAGUGGACGCGAGGUUGGGACAGCUGCAGUGGGUGGUGGCAGACUCCAUGGAAACCGCUCAGAAGAAGCUGACGGACGAGGUUGCGCGGAAGAUUGACAACAUGUCGACCGCGAUUUCCGCGACAGCAGAGCGGGCAAUCACAAUCAGCGGGGUCACAGACGCGCUGCACACCCUCAUCGCGCUCGUUGGAGGAACCCCGCCGACGCGCACGGAUAAUGACGAACCAGCUGCGAAUGAGAUUGCCGAGCCCCGGGAUACAGAGCAUGGAAAGCGGGCAGCGGGUGCGAAGGCGGAGAAUCAGCGGGGGGCGAAGAGGCAGUGA